UAUGUCAUCAACUGCAGCCAAACUUCUCAAAAAUCGGUUGGUGUUUGAUGCUGACUGUAUUCAAAAUUGAAAGCUGGACCAGGAGCUGUUUUCUGCAUUUAUGACAUUAUGUGGAAUGAACUUGGGUACUGUUUUACUUUCAUCUCUGCUGUUAUUGUCGAUGGAGUGAGAGCUCCUUACCAAUAUGGAGGACAAUAUUUGUGCUGAUUUAUCCGCGCGUAUAGAUUGCCAACCGGUCAUAUUGUUUUCUAUUUAAUAAUUAAUAAUUCUUAUAAAUACUCUUGUGGCUCGCCUCCGCUUCAGGCUUCUGUUUUCUGAGCUGAGCUGCUAGCCGGGGAUUAUUUUUCGGCGCCGUCUUCCGAUAGAUCUGAUAUGUUCAAUCGUCACCUGCCUCUCUAAUGCCUUCCUAUUGUGUAUCGACAGGUAUUCUCAAUGAUUAUUUCCCCAAUAACACCAUCCACUAAAUUGACCCAAGUAUUUUGGUAGACUUCCUCAAAAAUAAUUUCCGCCACAAUCUCGCCCCCCAAAUGUCGCUCCUUGUAAUUUUUCCCAACGUGCGCUUGUUCAAUAUUCAUUAUUUAUUUAAAGUUGUUCCAUUAGUUUUUGUGUGUUCAUUUUUUUCAAAGUCGAUUAUUUGCUCCAAUUUGGCCAAUUCCGGUGUAGUUACGAAUCUCGUUUCUGAUUCAGCUGAAAGUAUUUCAUCAGUUUUGACCGAAACACUUCUCAAAAAGGACUGGAACAUGUUGGAUAGAAUUCUUCGUGAUUCUGAACAUUGGGCAAAUGCUAAAUGGGUUCCGCAAUACGAGAAAGAAUCAAAUGACGAGUACAGCAAUGUAAUUCUUGAGUCGGCCGCUCGUCUCACCGAGUAUUUGCAGUCAUUUGCCGACUCGGUACAAGAAUCGGCUGAACGAAUAGAAAAUCACGCGAAAGACUUCGUUUUCGACUCAUCUUCGAACGCACCUGAGUUGAGAGAUUUAAACGUGAGCUCUUUAAUUGAUUAUAACUCGAAAUUACAUAAUCGGAUUACGACAGAUUAUACGUCGUUUCAUUUACCAGUUGAAAUUUACGAGGGCUCUGAUAGAAUUAGGGAAGAUCUAGCUUGGUCGAGGGGGUUGAGAGAUAUUUUCAAUUUUACUCACGAAAGCAACAACAACACUUAUUGGUCGUACUUCGGCACUCCUCUCGGCUUGCUUCGGGUGUACCCUGGAACGCCCCUGGAUCUGCCGACUCUCUAUGACGUCAGACUUGACCAUUGGUACAUUCAGAGUUCAACUCCCCCGAAGCAUAUGCUGAUUGCUAUAGACGCAUCGGGUAGUGUUUAUGGGUUAGUUCUCGAACUCAUGAAAAAUACAGCAUCACAGCUGUUAGACACUUUAAAUGAUAACGACUUUGUAAGCAUAAUUGGCUUUCACGAUAUGCCUUUUCAGCUCAAGACAUGUAUUAGUGACAAUCUUAACGAGUCCUAUAGCAAGCCUUCGGACAAUUUUUUACGCGCCACAGACAGAAAUAAACUAGCUUUAAAACAAUUAAUGCAGAAAAGUCUAGUCGCCGAAAACAUUGCUAAUUUCCAAAGUAUGUUUUCAUACAGCUACUCGUUGUUCGAAAAUUUAACGGAAGAAGAGGCGGUAGUUCCCCCAUGCAGUAAAAUUUUGAUGGUAAUAACAGAUGGCGGCGAUGGCGAAGCAAAAGACGCUUUUUCCAAAGUCAGCCAGCAGGCUUCAGAAUCAGUCCGGAUCUUCACUUACGUUGAAGGCUCUUCAGUUUAUGCGGACGAUAGUCUGUCCUGGAUUGCAUGUCGUAACAAAGGAUUCUUCCAUAAAGUACCUACAAACGAAGCUGUAAGAAUGCAAGCUAUGGAGUAUUUACAGGUACUAAGCCGACCAAUGGCUCUAAACUAUCAUCAAAAACUCUUUUUCUCCGCUCCUGAGAUCCAGUACUGGAAUCGGAAUCUAGGUCACGCCUUAGCAGCCACAUUCCCCGUUUACCGGCACCUUUACUCCGAUCACCACGAAAAGCGUCUGCCGCAUUUCCUGGGCGUUGUCGGACUAGACAUUCCUCUGUUUGAAAUAGGUCAGCGCAUUCCAAUUGCCGGUUUCAGUCAUGAUUCGGUUGUGCUUAUGAUUAACGCAAAGAGUCACAUAGUUUACCAUUCCUCUUUUUUCUUACUUAGUGAGUUAAAAAUACCAUAUACCCCUUCCGUAGACGUUUCUGAGCUCCUUCAUCUGAACAAUUUCGACUUCGAGGAGCUAAAACGAAAGAUGCUGAGCUUGAAAAUUGGAACAGUAGCUCGGGAAAAACGUAUUAAUGCAACUAUUCAUAUUGAACGAUACGCUUAUAAUUUCAUAUGUGAUUUACUCUACUCAAGAAUAAGCGUUAGUGGCUCGGUUUUUGUAAUAAUGGUUCUCAUUCCCUCAUCAGCGCGAGGAACUGUCGCCAAUAACAUCAUUAACUGGGAAGGUGACGCAUUAUGUGGCAAAAUGUGCCAGGACAUUUUACAAAACCCUGAACCUUCAAAAUCAAGUGUAACAUUUCGAAAGCAACUUGAGUGUGUGGCUACAAACUCAUGUGGGAAAGUUUUUGUAGCCCCUUUGCCUUAUUGUCCUAAGCUACAAAAGUUCACUUCGAAUAACACUUCUGAAAUGAUUGAAGGACUUAAACUUUUAUUCAGAAACGAUAAAAGUUCAACUGAAUGCUUAGUUCACGACGACCAAAAAUACCAUUAUGGAAAGUCUUUGCUACAAGAGGUGAAGUUAGCUUUAGAAGACAUGAUUCCUGCCUUCUGGCGGUUCAAGUUAACCCCUUAUGACCUCGAUGAAUUUCUUAUAACUUCAAGCGGAAUAUCAAUUAUUUUCAACAACAGCGUAGAUCCUUUGUGGUGGCAAAUGUCGAGAAACCCUUUGAACUCGCCUUUGUUUAAAAAACAUCUCGCCUUGUCAAGAUUGUUACCAUCAGGAUCUGAUGCCUUCAUGUUCACCGUCAGUUAUCAGUAUGACCCCAAAGAUACCUUCUCGGGAAUCGAACCCCUACCCGAUUGCUUUGGAGUCAGCGGAGUUGCCUCUAUUAGUGCGAAUCCGUACCCAGUCGUGACCAAAUUAGUUACUCGCUCAAUCGAUCCGAACAAAGUCCGCGAAUCCAAGGUUCCUCUUGGUGUUUUAGGCAAAAUUAUCGACACAAGUUUCUUUGGUGAAUUGUUUAAUAACACCUCAAAUGGAGCUUUGUGCAGUACAGACCAAAGCGGUUUUCUCUGUUAUUUGGUGGAUGACGGAGGAUUUAUCAUUGCAUCAACUGCUAACACAUCUUUAACAGGGCGGUCCCUGUUUGCAGUCGAGCAGUGUGUGAUGCAAAAACUGGUGCAAAAGGGCGUUUUCAGUCAGACCCUGUUCGAAAACCAUCUCUGCACGUGCCCUAGUAGAAUAUUCGACCUCAAAGAAUCUUCAUCAACUAAAAUCCGCUCAUUUUUUAAUUUCUCGUCUCAUGUCGUGGGACUUCUUUCUGAGUUGAUCUGCUCGGUUUUUAUCGUCAACUUCAAUCAGAUUUUUGCCUUAUUUACUUCUUCCAUGUGUGCUAUUUUAUCAUUUCCUGUCAAUGCUUUGUACCUCUUUUGGGCUAACUUUUUCAAUGUGCACCUCACCCAUGCCCAAGACUACGACCACCCGCAUGGAUAUCCUACAUCGUGUACUAUUCUGGAACACAAGGAAAGUUCUUUUUUUGUCGUACUGGUAGCAGUUGAAUAG